AGGAAAAGUCAGAGCGGUGGGGUUGUCGUCGCAGUUCAAAAUAAAUAUCCAUAUACCAUACUAAACUUUAGAAAUUCACUUAGUCUAGUCGCUACCAUAGUUAUAUCCCUUUGCUUGUAAUUUUAUCAUUUUCCCGCCAUUGACUGAUGGAUGACUUUGGAAUCGGUGAUCGCAUUGUUGAUUACUGGCCGUCUACUGAGAUCAGUGGAUGGACAAUUAUGGCAAGCGAUUCUAUAAUAGAAGUCUUCUGAUAUGUGCCAAGUUUCUAUUGGAUAUUCCAGAACACCAUGGCAGCAGUCCAGGGUAGAUGCCUAGGCUCACUACAUCAUGCUGCAGCACGACAAGCAAUUCCCGAGUCUCCCCGCACUGAUCCCUACUCCGAUCUCUACCUACAUAUUAUGUAGGCAGUACACAUUAACAAUGUGAGAACAGACAAACCCUUCAAUACAUGGCAUCGGCCUAAAUGCAAAAAGGAAAAAAAAGGGAAAAAAAUGACUGAAGUGAACCCAGCCGUCGUGCUCCAAUCCAUCCGAAACAUCUUUUUCGAAGACCGCGAGGUCCCCAAUCUUCGAGACGAGUAUGACGUACGAGUCCAUGUAGAGCAGACUGGCAUUUGCGGAAGUGACGUGCACUACUGGCAGCGAGGGCGCAUCGGCGACUUUAUCCUCACCAGCCCCAUUGUCCUAGGGCACGAGAGUGCCGGGACGGUGGUCGAGGUAGGUGCCAAAGUGAGGAAUGUCAAGGUGGGCGACCGCGUGGCAAUUGAGCCGGGCGUCCCUUGUCGAAGAUGCUCAUACUGCCGGUCGGGCGCCUACAACCUCUGCGCCGACACCAUAUUUGCCGCGACGCCGCCCUGGGACGGCACGCUCCAGAAAUACUACGUCGUCGCCAGCGACUUCUGCUACCCGCUGCCCCCACACUUUAGCGCCGAGGACGGCGCGCUCGUCGAGCCCGUCGCUGUCGCCGUCCAGAUCUGCAAAGUGGCGGACCUGCGCGGGGGACAGACCGUCCUCGUCUUUGGCUGCGGGCCCAUCGGCGCACUGGCCCAGGCUGUCGCGAAGGCGCAAGGCGCGAGGAAGGUCGUUGGCGUUGAUGUGUCUAAGUCGCGCGCGGCUUUGGCCAGGGCGUUUGGCGCGGACGAGGUCUUUGUUCCUGAGUGGUCUGAGGAGCCGUCCGUGGAGGCAUCGCGCGGAAUGGCGGAGCGGAUUGUGAACCAGUUCGGCCUGGGCGACGGCGCGGAUGUCGUGCUGGAAUGUACGGGUGCGGAGUCGUGCAUUCAGGCUGGGGUGUUUGCGGCGAGGAAAGGGGGCACGUAUGUCCAGGCUGGAAUGGGUAAAGAGAACGUCGUGUUUCCAAUCACGACCGCUUGUAUACGAGCCUUGAACGUCAAAGGGUCUAUUCGCUACACGGCGGGAUGUUACCCUUCUGCCGUGGAUCUCAUUGCCUCUGGGCAGAUUAACCCUCGUUUGCUAAUCACGCAUCGAUUCAAGUUUGAACGGGCACUAGAGGCGUUCGAGCAGGUCAGGAAGGGCCGAGAAGAUACUUUGAAGGUCAUUAUCCAGGGGGUACAGUGAUAUCAUCUCUUUUUUUUCUUGACAAGUGACCUCAAAUUUUCGGGAAGUUCUUCCGUUUUCAAAUUUCUCGCUAAAGCUUCUACAACUAAAUCUCUGAAUAUCAUCCGCAAAUCUGUCCGAAAAG